GGCUGUGAUACCAUUAUUUAUAAAGCCCAGUUCUUAAAUAAAUCGCGUUGCAAGAAAACCCUUCCCGUUUCGUUUCGUUUCUGCUUCUCCUUGUAUUUGCCCAGAAAAUCAUCCAAAGCAUAGUAUUACACUUCCACGAAAAAUAUCCGGAUUUUCAAUUUCAAAUUACUUGGAAAGUUGGCAAAAUGCCUGCAGAAGAUUCGAAACAAGUGAAGAAAGAAGAAGUCGAAGACGACGAGGACGACCAGAGCUUAGCGUCCGCAUUCGCUAGCAGUAGGAAAAAAUCGCUCAACAACAGCAAUGCCGCCGCGAAACCCAGGAAAGAGCAGCAGAAGAAACUGAAAAAAGAGGAAGAUGAUGAAGAUUUCGAAGAGCCCACCUCCAACAAGCCUUCCAAAAAGAUCGAACCUAAGGGGCAGAAGAAGAAGAAGAAAGAAGAAGUGGUGCAGAAGGCGAAGAAGGGAAGCAAGAGUAACGAUGUUAAGAAGAGAGAGAAGAAAGUGUUCGAUUUGCCUGGUCAAAAGAGGGACGCUCCUGAGGAAAGAGACCCAUUGAGAAUUUUCUACGAGACGCUGUACAAGCAAGUGCCAACUAGUGAGAUGGCUGCAAUAUGGAUGAUGGAGUGCGGUUUGCUUCCAAAGGAGGAAGCAAAAAAGGUCUUCGAGAGAAAACAGAAGAAGGCACAACAGCAGAAGCUCAGUUCACCGAUGAAAACUGUUGUCACCGUCAAGAAGAAAGCUGAAGGUGUUACUGUCACCAAAAAAUCAUCGAGCACCCGAGUUUCGACCCAGAAGAAGACACCGGAAACAAACCCUAAGCAGCAAUCAAGGAAACGAAAGAGCAAGGAGGACUCUGAUGAAGACACGGAUGAUGAUUUUGUACUGAGUGCUGCUAAAAGGCCAAAGAAACAAAAAGUAUAGCAUCUUAUGCUACUAGGUGAGCCAAUUGUCCUUUUUUUUAUAACCUUUGUAGGAGUGAUGUAAUGAAUCUUCAUUCAUCUUCAACCUGAUGACUUGGAGCUUCAUCUUUUAAGGAAAGGGCUUCUUUGUUUGCUUGCUCA